AUGAUUAUUCCGCGCGUCCCAGUUUUUUGUAAGUAAGGACACAAAAGAGUUAAUUUAUUCGCUUAAAAUUGUGUUUGGGGGGAACAAGCGAGAAGACGGAGAGGCGGGGGGGGAGUGUGUGCAAAAGCAGCUGGGUGACCGCAGCGUGGGGCGACGAGACGAGUGAGCUGUGUGCUGAAGAAGGAAGGGAGCCCUUGUGUGCUGCCCCUCCCCGCGCUCUUUCGCCUUCAUUCCUUUGAUUGGCCCCACUACUUUAAGCCUUCAACCAAUCGCCUUGUUGUUCUCGUUUCAUUCGUAAUCUUCAGCGAAUUGUCUAGGGUCGAGAACGGAACGCUUGGCUUGGCAACUUAUCCAAUAAUGUAGGUUUAUAACUCGCCCAUCCCCUCCCCUUUAUAUGAUGUUUGUUUCGUGGGCGCAGGCGUUCGGGUUUCUAGCAUAGUUUAAGAUUUUGUUGUUCUGGUUACCGUUCUCUUAAUUUCUGGUCGAUUUUUUUAGUUGUGUAAGUUAAUUAUAUUGCAAAGUACAUAAACAUGUAUAUUUAUAAACAUUUCAGGAGUUCUCAUUAUGAGACAGCCCAGCCAUCAACCUCGGUAGCUACAAGAUUUGUCGCCGUACCCACAAGUGAACCUAAAGCUAAGAAAAUGAAGCAAGAAGUCAGUCAACAGUACCAUUCCUUGGUUAGUCUGCCCGAUGGAUAUAUGGAAGCUCAGCCGCAGUUUGUGCUGGCGAUGCCCUCUGAUCAGCAAUAUCAGGUAUAGUAAUAUUAGUUUUAUUAUUCUUUGUUUAGCAAGUGCAGUUGAUUGAAGUUCAAGAAGGAUGCCAGUUUGCCAUGGAAGGCAUGACGUUUGCGGGCUCUGAUAAGAUGCCUGUGUUUCUGGGGAACGAUGGUCAACAGGUGAAGUUUAUAAUCUCUGAUGGAUCGUUCCCUCAAGCCAUGUCUGUUCAACCGGUUGCCCAAAAUGUGGUGCAUAAGAAGGAAGAUGACGGCCCGUUGGAUGUAAACCCAAAACAGUAUUCACGGAUAAUCAAGAGGAGGGCUGCUAGGGUUAAAUUGGAAAUGGAAGGAAGGAUAUCCAAAGAACGAAGGGUACGUUUAUCUUCCUUGAGCUGUUGCAAUUGUAUAAGACGUACCUUUAAUUUAUGUAAAAUGUGGUUUUAUGUUUCUAGUGAAAUAUAUGUACACAAAAAUAGUUUCUUUUUUAUGACAGUAUUGAAAUUCUAAAUGUUUAUUAGAAAAGUUACUACUUCCAGAAAUAUCUACAUGAAUCUCGCCACAACCACGCUGUAAAACGAGUCCGCGGCCAAGGCGGGAAGUUCAACAGUGCGAACGGCAACAAACGUUCGGAAUCUGUAACGUCGAACAACAGCUCGAACGACAACUCCACCUCAACUCCAUUGCCAUCUGUUCCGCGACCGGACGUCGAUCUCGCUUCAAAAACCUCGUAG